AUGGCCAAGGAGGCUAAGAAGACUGCCAAGUGGGUGCUGCUUCUGGUGCCCUUCAUCCGGUGUGCCCGACUGUGCCUAGGCAACGCAAGUGACAACUUCACUGACUUUGACUGGCUAAAUGAUACGCAGCUGCUGCAAGUGGAGGACUCUGUCAAUGGCACCGAUUCCCCCGAACCCAUCCCGGAUUUGCAUUUUCAGUUACACAACUUCAUUGUCAAUUGCCAUCCAUGCAACAACAGCAACAGUAGCAGAAGUACGGGUUCCAGCGUCCCGCUGGAGCAGCUGGUGCAUCAUCAGCAAAUUGUUCGGGUUGCUUUCAUGGCCUUGCUGCUUCACAUUGUCCUUGUAGGCGUGGCAUUCAUCAUCUACAGCUGCGUCUACUGCAAGAGCUUGGCCCUAAAGAGGCGCCUUAGGGCAAACGCCCAGAGCAGCCUGCAGCUGUCCGCCCUACAGCAUCGGCAUGUGCCCAACACUCAGAGCAGCUCCUGCCACGAAUGCCAGCUGUCCAGGCAAACGCUUCAGGACCCGAUAAUUCAGCAGUUCCAGGAGAUUGUCGAAUGUUGAGCAAAUGUACAACAAAUUUUUUAAAGUCAGUUUCAGUAUGUGUAUUAUUUCUGAAUAUUAUUUCUACAUAAAUGUGCUUCAAGGUCACAACAUAC